AAAGAGUCCUUCCUCUGCAACCGGCUGCCAGACCGGAGAGCCCACCACCGUACCGAGCCGGGACCCCUCCGUCCCCCUGUGGGUGUGUGUGUGUGUGUGUGUGUGUGUGAGUGUGUGUGCAGCUGAACCCGUCCGGAGGUCUGAGGUGGGCGGAGACUGAGCCCAGAAGGUCCUCCCGUCCGCAGCGACGCACCGCGCAUUUCGGAGUCCCGCACCCGUCCGAGGAGGAAACAUCAUGGCAACGACUACUUGCACACGUUUUACGGAUGAAUACCAGCUGUACGAGGAGCUUGGCAAGGGGGCCUUUUCAGUGGUGCGCCGCUGUGUCAAACUCUGCACAGGCCAAGAGCACGCCGCCAAAAUCAUCAACACCAAAAAGCUCUCGGCCAGAGAUCAUCAGAAACUGGAGAGAGAAGCCAGGAUCUGCAGAUUGCUCAAGCACUCCAACAUCGUUCGUCUCCAUGACAGUAUCUCAGAGGAGGGAUUCCACUAUCUCCUCUUUGACCUGGUGACGGGAGGGGAGCUGUUCGAGGACAUUGUGGCGAGGGAGUACUACAGUGAAGCAGAUGCGAGUCACUGUAUCCAUCAGAUUCUAGACAGUGUGUCUUACACCCACCAACAUGACAUAGUGCACAGGGACCUCAAGCCAGAGAACCUGCUGCUGGCCAGCAAGUGUAAGAACGCAGCAGUGAAGCUGGCCGACUUCGGACUGGCUAUCGAGGUUCAAGGAGAACAGCAGGCUUGGUUCGGCUUUGCAGGGACUCCCGGCUACUUAUCCCCAGAGGUGCUGAGGAAGGAGGCGUACGGUAAACCCGUGGACAUCUGGGCAUGCGGUGUGAUCCUUUACAUCCUUCUGGUUGGGUACCCUCCGUUCUGGGACGAGGACCAGCACAAACUCUACCAGCAGAUCAAAGCCGGAGCGUACGAUUUUCCCUCCCCAGAGUGGGACACGGUGACUCCAGAGGCUAAAAAUCUGAUCAACCAGAUGCUGACUAUCAACCCAGCCAAGAGAAUCACAGCCCAGGAGGCCCUGAAGCACCCAUGGGUCUGCCAACGCUCGACGGUGGCCUCCAUGAUGCACAGGCAGGAGACGGUCGAGUGCCUGAAGAAGUUUAACGCCAGGAGGAAACUCAAGGGAGCCAUUUUGACCACCAUGCUCGUCUCCAGGAACUUCUCUGUGGGUCGGCAGACUACAGCCCCCGCCUCAGUCAGCAACGUGCCUGGAACCACCGCUGGCAUCGUGGAGCAAGCCAAGAGUCUCCUCAACAAGAAGGCGGACGUCAAGCCGCAGACAAACAGCACGAGAAACAGCAUAGUCACCAGUCCCAAAGGCAACGUCCCCUCUGCUGCACUGGAGCCUCAGACUACUGUUAUCCAUAAUCCAAUAGAUGGGACCAAGGAAUCAUCUGACAGCAGCAACACCACCAUUGAGGAUGAAGAUGUGAAAGCUCGCAAACAGGAGAUCAUAAAGAUCACGGAGCAGCUGAUUGAAGCUGUCAACAAUGGAGACUUUGAGGCCUACGCGAAGAUCUGCGACCCUGGUCUGACCUCGUUUGAGCCGGAGGGGCUCGGUAAUCUGGUGGAGGGAAUGGACUUCCACAGAUUUUACUUUGACAAUCUCCUCUCCAAGAACAGCAAACCCAUCCACACCACCAUCCUCAACCCUCACGUGCACAUCAUCGGGGACGACGCCGCCUGCAUCGCCUACAUCCGCCUGACGCAGUUCGUCGACGGGCAGGGCCGCCCCCGCUCCAGCCAAUCGGAAGAGACCAGAGUAUGGCACCGCAGGGAAAGCCGGUGGCAGAACGUCCACUUCCACUGCUCGGGCGCUCAUGCUGCCCCGCUGCAGGGAUGAGGAAUAUGAGACGGACGAGGAGGCAGAGAGGAGCAGAGGAGGAAUAACCUGAGAGAGCGUAUCAGCUGAGAGAGAGGCGGAGGUGGAUGGAGGCCGGCUUCAGGGAGUCUGAAGAGUCUGAUGCGUUUUUGAGGAUUGUGGUCGUCGUCCUGCGCUCUCCACACCCACCUCGCUCUUCUCUCGCUCUCUCUCUCUCUCUCUCUCUCUUCUCUCUCUCUCUCUCUCUACAACCUCAACCACAGACUGUAACGCCGACGCUCCCAUCGCCAAAACCUACGCUACAGCAGAGGGCACAUCAGCCAAAAAAAAAAAAAAGAAGGAAACUCUUACAGCCCGGCGUCCUGUCUCCGGUCGGCCUCUGGCGGCGGCGGCUGCUCUCCUGUUGCAGAAUCCCCCUUUUACUCCUCUGACGUCCAGUUAUUGUUCCUUCCUUCUAGUAUUAUUAUGGCUGCAGUCUGUUGUUGUGCUCUUUCAACUGUACAGUAUAUUUAUUAGCCCUUUUAAAACCUUUUACCCUUGUUGGUUGUUUUUUUUUAACGACGAGCAUGACUCUGUCCCCGUGUUCUGAUUCCCUGUGGCUGUUUAUUUCUGCACGACUAACGGCUGCAUAACAGUUCCAGUCUCACAGAGAGAGUGACACCGACUGGUGGGUGUGUUUAAUGAUCCCUUCUGUGUGGUUUGCUCAGUUGAACUUUCUUUCUCUGGAGUGUAGUUGAUCCCCCUGACCCCCUGACCCCUGACCCCCGGCCCCUUCCUCUCUGAGCCAUGCAGCAUGCUAAACUAUUACUGUGGUUCUUAAUUGAGUCUCUGUGUACUGAACAUUGCAAGUUAACUACUGAAAUUAUGACAAUGGUUGAGAUUUUAGUGUCGCGCCGUUUAUGUAAAUCUCCAGUUUUCAUCGUGGUGACUUAACGACAUUUUAUGCUGUAGAUGGUAUUUAAUUGCAUGAUAUUCCGAGUUAAUAACAUUGGUAAGUUGGGUGUUUAUCGUGCAUUUUGUUGAUUUCUCUCUUUUUGGACUGAGCUGUUGGUGAGCUAUAAUCUAUCGCCUCUAUUUUCUGGGCUUUGUAAGUGCAUAAACUAUUUUUGUGUUAAUAUGAUAGUGUAAUAUGUGAGGAUACUGGCGAGGAUCGUGACAGAAAAUUGCCUUUUUAAAGAAACUGCUGUAUCCAGAUCAGUUUGAAAAUGGCUCUGCACUGAAUCAAAGACAAAGGAGCUAUUUCAUCUUUUAUUUGUUAGAGUCGACCAGACUGAAGAAAAUGUCACAUCAGGGUCUUAAUUUAGAUUAGUUUUAUUAUGAAAAAGCAGCUUUUUACUUCACAAAUGUACUAUUUUAAAUAGCUAAACAAGGCACUGGUGACGUAUAACCAGGAACAAUUACACCAAAAAUAAAGUUUAUGGUUCAGUUUAAAGUAUCAAAGACAAAACCCAAGAAGCUAAUUCAUCUUUUGUUAACCAGACUGAAGAAAAUGUCACAUUAGGGUCUUAAUUUAGCCUAGUUUUAUUUUGAAAAUGCAGCAUUUUCAAGAAAAAGACCCAAAUAUACGAUUUAAACAGCUGAACAAGGCCCUGUUGAUAUAGUCUGUGACCUUUAUGCCCCCAACCAUCAGUAGAAAAACCAGCCUUGUUUUCAGCUUUGUGAUAAUGAACCAACUUCUCCUCAAGAGGGCACCGACAUCCAACAACAGAGACUGAACGUGUGACUGAAACUCAGAGUUCACCAUAAAGAUCUGAGCAGUUGGACCCCCGAGAGGAAGAUUUUCAGUUACUUCCUCUCAAACUGCCUUUACGGUAUUUUUCACGGUUGCUUUGGCUCAACAGAGAAUUAAAAGUUAUUACACAAAAUGCUUUAACUCAAUAUUCUGUCCUCAAAAACUCACAAAACGGACAUAUUAGAGCUUUAAAAGAUCAUUUUCACGUCACUUUUUAAACAUAAAUACCAAACAUUCAUCUAUUUUCUAUGAUUGUAAACUGGACAUCUUUGGAUUGUUUUAAUUUUAGUUGGACAAAAUUGUUAUUUUCCAUAAAAGCUCAACAAUCAGUUGAUUAAUCAAGAAAACCAUCAGCAGAUUGAUAAUGAUGAUUAAAAUAAUCAUUAGCUAAUACAUAAUGUAUCAAAGUUCAUCAGAGCGUUAUGUUCAAUUUAAUCAAAUUAAGCUUUUUCAUAAAGUCUUUAUAUUAUAAAACAGCGACGUCAUUUCAUCAUAACAACCAGAAAUUAAAGCAACGUACUCAGAAGUGAAUAUUUAAAAUGAUCUUUUGGUGUUUUUUAUUCAUCAAACACUGUAAAUACAGAUAAUAUAGUCUCGACUCAUUAAAUCCUACAUUUAUACCAGGUCAUAUCGAGUUUCUGUUUGACCACAAAGUUUGCUGA